CACGCUCGUCUUAUCAUUAUCAACGAGUGACACAGUGAUAAUGCCAGUUUCCACACACGCCUUGCCGAUAAUUCACAAGAUUCGAACUGUUAUAUUCGCUAAUAUCUGUUGUAAUUUAUAGACAACUGCUUUAUUAAGUUUUCUCAAGCAGCGUUGAGUUCUAUACGCAAUAAUUGUUCGUGUUUAGGGUCGGUGAACGUUCCGUACCCGCAGCAGAAGUAUCGAACACGUUGGUGCAAUUUGUGUUUCCGAAUCUCUACAUACACUGUUUACCGACUGUGAGGCAACGUGCAUUUUCCGAGGCAACUGCACUCUUAUUCUCUGGACUUCGCCCGACCUAAGUACACAUCAAUUUCUCAAUCGUGUUCAAGUUUACUGUACAACAAUCCUCAGUGACAAAUCAAGUCUUCAUCUCUCAAAUUGGUCAGUGUAAGUUUUGAUAAAGUAUUCAGACUACUGUCAGGACUUCAAAAUCCCACAAUGAUUCGACAGUUUCGCUCUUUAGUUCUUGGGGCGCCUGGUUCAGGUAAAGGCACAAUUUCAUCCCGAAUCGUAAAGAGUUUCGAUUUGACUCACAUCUCAAGCGGUGACAUCUUCAGGCACCAUAUCGCAAACAAAACCGAAGUGGGGAAACAAAUUGAAUCAAUCCUCAAAUCUGGAUCCCUCGUUCCAGACGAUCUUACCCUUAAAGUAAUCACACAGGAGCUCCAGAAACAUUCUCAGAAGAACUGGCUUCUUGACGGUUUCCCGAGGACAAAAGUUCAAGCUAUCGAACUCAACAAAACCACUCCAAUUGAUCUGGUGAUAAAUCUAGUCGUUCCAUUUGAUAUCAUCAUCGAUCGAUUGAGCAAAAGAUGGAUUCAUGCGCCGAGCGGGCGUGUCUACAAUCUUGACUUCAACCCACCCAAGGAACCUGGUUUGGAUGAUGUAACAGGAGAAAAACUUACGCAACGGUCAGACGACACACCAGAGUCAGUACGGAAAAGGUUAGAAAUCUACACUGAUAAAACUAAACCUGUCAGUGACUAUUAUAGAGAAUUAGGAGUUUUAAUGGAUUUUGAAGGCAACACCUCUGAUGAAAUUUGGCCUCAUGUCCACGAUGCUCUUAGUGGUAAAUUGCCGAAAAAAGAAGCCUCAAGAUCCACUGCCUAAGUAUUUUUGCACUUCACUGAUUGCACUCAGUGUAAUUUUCAGAGAAACCAUCGUGAAAAAUAGGGUAUUUCUAAAGAAAGUCACAUUUUUCACUUUCUAACUUCUUUAUUCAAGAUAUUCUGUGGAUAUCAGUCUAGUCCCUACAAUGUCUCUGCACAAAUUUACUACUUACUUAUUUAUUUUGAAAUAGCUAUUACCUAACAUUUUUUAUUAUUGUUUUUUGUCGCCGGCACAAAGGAACGUGUCUUGUUCACGCUGUCUUAGUCUUUCUACAAAAAUUUUAUUUUUUCAUGCAAAAACUGUUGCAUGAAAUAUUCAGUAGGUAGUCUGGAAAUUUCAAAGUCUUUUCUCUUGAAGGUGAAGAUAAUCACAAGAAAUUUCACAAAUAUUCAUGCAACUGUUCUUCCAUAAACAAAUAAAAGUAAGUAAGAAAUACUGCAACAGCGCAGUCGAGAUACUUACGUUUCUUCUAUGGGAGACAACAAAUUGCUAAUGGUGAUUUUUAGACUCAUGUUACCCAUUUAUCCCAUAUAAAGUCUGUUAGAACUUUCAGUGACAAGUGAAUCUUAUUUUUUGAGGACACCCUAGCUGAACAAACUAUUCUAGGAUUUUAUGAAAAAUAAUCACCUCCCUGAAGAGGUAAGGUCGAAUUUUUAUCAUUUCCUUAUUAAAGUGAGAUUUUAAUUAGAGGUAGAUUUAAGAAAACAACUUUUCACCUUUUAGAGAAACAUUUGAAUUUUAGUCAUCUUCAACCAUAUUGAUUAUCUAUGAUUUCUUAUGAUUUAGAAAAUUACAAAUUACCUAGGUUCUUAUGUUAAUUAAGUGGAAUGAAUCUCUUUCAAUGUUCAGCUCUAUUAGCCAACCUUUUUCAUGUUCAGAAGUUGACUCAAAUAACAGCAGUUAUUUCAUCCACAUUAUACCAAAAAAUCUGAAAGUGUAAUCUUGAAGUCCGAAUAUGUUUUUAGUUUUAUCCAAUUGAUAUUCUGUUAAAUAUCUCUGCUAUUGCGAAAAACUCACCAGCCCUGCAAGUUUGGGUCACAUCCUGCAAUUUUUACAGAUCUGGAUGUCAUUGAUACGCUGUAGACUGCUGAAACCAUGAAAAUUGUAUGGCCUACUCAAUUUUCAAGAUUAUUGACGACUUUCAGAUUUGUCAGUCAUCAGUUUUUACAAAGCGAUCUGAAUUAUUUUGGUACAAAUUUGAUGAGGGAGGAAUAAGACCGUUGACUACUGAAAGAUUCGAAUCCAGUUUCAGCAAAAAUUACAGUGUGUGACCCAUGCUUAACAGUUACACUCACUCAAUAUUAAACAGGUUUUUCUCUCAGAAAUUUUCUGAAUUUGCCCUAAGCACACAAAAGGUAAAAUCCUGUCAGCUCUGAAAAAGUGUACUUAAUGCAACUGUAAAACAUUUUAGAAACCAAAUUGGAAAAUUUACCACAGAAUUAAAACGAAGUUUUUUUUUCCAAGUAACAAGAUGCUCGAUUAAAUGAAAAUAGGUGCCAACUUUUCUCAAAACUGAAACCUCAAAUUUUUGUGCCUUGAUUUUUCUCGAGUCCAGAGGAGUUCAAAUGAAUAUUUAUUUUGUGGUCGGAAAUUUUAAAUUGAUCCACACCGCAUUACAGAAUCAUUUAAAUUGAUGUUAAUGCAGUCUCAUCCAAUUCAAUUGUUUUGUCUCUUUAGAAAAUGAGGUAAAGAAGGAUGAUAGGUGAGAUAUUAACUUCUUUGAAUUUGGAAUUAAUUGUGAACUUUUCAAUAUUUAUUGUAAUUGAAAAGAGAUUAAUCUGCUAAAGUUUUGUAAUUACUUAAGUUCUUUUUUCUCAAAGGAUUAUUUUUAAGUCAUUCUUGUCUUACCAAAUUUUUAAUACUUUUGGGUGAAAUCAAUGCAGAAUUUCCUUUUUCCUUCCAUUUUAAAAUUCGACCAAACCGUAGAAUUAUUACAUCACCAAGUUGCAACAAUAAUGUUACCAAUUUUUUAGAAAAAUUUUGUCAAAAAAAAAAAAUUAUGAUACAAUUACUUUUACACAUGGUGAUCAGCACUAAAAGUGUUCGGUGCAAGGAGGGCACUUCUCGGUUGCCAAGUCUCAGAAUCUCUGUCAAUAAUUUUUAUCCUAGCAAGGAAUCUAAUGGUGAAUCACCAAGAAUUUUAUCCAUAGAACAUUGUAGAAUUUCAAAGAAUGUGUUUUAAAAGCUUGAGUGCGCUUUCCUUAGUAUGAAUGAAAUAUUAACAGAGAUUUCUAAACACUGCAACCAACAAGUGCCCUUUUCACACACAAAGCCUCAAUUUGAUGUAUUAAAUACUUUAAAAGGAACUGCGUACAUUGUGACCUGAGCCCUACCAUGCAUGCAUUAAUUAAUUUAUUUAUUUAUUUAAAAAACAAUACAAAAUAAAUAAUUGAACUAACAAGACCCGCAGUGAGCAAUUUAUGACUCUCCUCUAAGGUCUAGCCAAUAGUGAUAGAAUGGUAGAGCCUGCGCCGCCAGAUACACUUAAUCCUUAAGAGAAAACUGUUUGCAAGAGGGGAAUAUACACCAUACCAAGGUUGUCAAGUUUAAAAUAAUUUUUUAGUUCUAUAAUAGAAGUGACCUUUCUUAGUCCGCUCAACUACUGUAUUAACAUGAUCUCUCCAAGAAAGGGAAGAAUCUAGUAGAAUGCCCAGAUAUUUAACCUCCAAUGAAAGUUUUAUUUUGGGGCGGGAACAUACAUUUGCCUUACAACUUUGCAUAUGCAGUUUUAUCUCCACUCAUGUAUUUUUGUGGAUCUGAGGGCUCUUUUCAGAAUGGAUAUAGUACCCGUUCAUUUAAUACGUCCAAUUCAGAUCAGAAAUUAUUUUUUCAUAUGAGCACCACCAUUGAAUUUAUUGGAAUGAACUUGCAGUUACGGACGUACCUAUAUUUUUACUCAUAUACUAGUUUUCAUAGAAUUUUCUGUUAAUUUUUAUAGCAAACAAUUUUUGAGAAACCUGUGAGUUCUAUGUUUUGCUUCUUUGUGAUUCAUCAAGUUAAUGUAUACCUCUGUUUUGAUAAUUAGUUAAAUAAAUUCAUUUUCUUGGGUAAAAA